AUGCCAGAUGUCGGCAGGGCUGGUCAAAAUGCACAGCCUGCGUCCCUGGAGCGUUCCCAGUCGAUAGCUGAUGUGAGAGCUCUCAAGGAGUUCCGCCGAAGUGGGCAGUGGCAACAGGCGCUGGGCAGAGAACCGCGAGACAGGGUCUCUCAGACCUUGUUGAUCAACACCUGCGUCCAGUCGGGUCACUGGAGAUCUGCCGCCGCGGCGCUCUCGAAGUUCAUGGCUUGGCGCAUGGAAGCUGAUGUGGUCAUGUACAACUCCCUACGCCCUCUGACCUGGCAGCAAGCCUUGGAGGCCUUUGCAGCGCUGCAACUCCAAAGUCUGCAGCCCACGCUGGUCACCUACGAGACUGCCCUCACUGCUUGCCGCACGCAGUGGCCGUGUUGUCUGUGCCUCCUCGCAGAGCGCUCGUCUCGCGAGAUCAGUGCCAAGUCCUUCACCAAGGUCUUGGCCGCAUGCGCCGACGCAUUUGCCUGGCAGCAGGCGCUGCAGCUGCUGGCGCGGCUGCCGGGCAGCGCCCUGCGGGCGGACGGCCGGCUGCGGAGCACCGCGCUCUUCGCGUGCCAAAAGGCCGGGGCCUGGGCAGCGGCGGGGGCGGUGGUUGAGGAGAUGCGCCAAGCGCAGGCGCCCUGCGACGCGAUCGCGGCCAACAGCGCGCUGGACGCCUUCCACCGCAGCGCGCAGUGGGUCCGCGCCUCGCUGGUUCUGCGAAACCUCUCCGCGCCGGAUGUGCUGUCCUUCGGUUCCGUGAUCCAUGCGUGCGUCACCGCAUGGGAAACAGCUAUAUCUCUGCUUUCGGAGAUGCGCCGGGCCCGCGCUGGCCCGGAGCUGGUGACCUACAACUUGGCGCUGAAGGGCCAGCUGCGCUGGCAGCUGGCCGCCCAGCUGACGCGACUUCCAGGGUGCCGCGCAGAUGUGGUGACUGUGACCUCCAUGAUGACAGCGUGCGAAGGAGCGUCGGCGUGGAGAGAGGCGCUCAGUGUGCUCGGCAGAGGUGAGCAAGAGGCAGUUGAAGGAAACAUUUGCAGCUACAGUGCCGCAAUGCUUGCCUAUGAUUCCAUCUCCAAGUGGAGAGAUGCGCUGGACAUAUUGGCAACCCCGGACGUGGUGGCCCGCAGCACCUGCAUCGGUGCUUGCGAAAAGGCCAGCGAGUGGCUGAUGGCCGUGCAGCUUCUGAAGGAUGUUGCGCGGGAUGCGGUGGCAGUGAGCGGGGCGAUCAGUGCUUCUGCCAAGGCGAGCAGGUGGCAAAUGGCGCUUAUGCUACUCGGAGAGCUGAAGCCGAAGGGAGCAUUGGGUGUGGCGGCGUACAGCGCAGCCAUGGCUGGCUGUCAGAAAGUGUCGCAGUGGCAAUGUGUUUUGGCGCUCCUGGCGGAGAUGUGGCUGCAGCGCUUGCAGCCGGACGCCGUGGCCUAUGCCGCGCUCAGCGAGUGCAGCCUGGGGUCGCGCGUGUUCGAUGGCAUGGCGGAGGGCGUGGAGUGCCUGAGUGGCGAGCAGCUCUGGCGCAGCUGGCCCGACUUCAAUCCGACUUUGACAUUAACAUCCACUUUUGCCGGGACUUUGGAUGGGGGCUGUGGACACGGAUUGUUGGACACCUCCUUAGAGGAUUACAACAAGUCGAUCAGUGCGUGGCAAAGAGGUCGGCAUUGGAAAAAGGCCUCAGGUCUGCUGACGAGCCUCAUCUUGCACCAAAUUCAGCUGGACGUCAUCGCCUUCAACGUUUGCAUCACAGGAUACGAAAAGGCGAGCCUCUGGCACCGGGCCUUGGCGCUCUUCGCGGACCUCCUCUGCGCAGACCUCCGCCCCACGGUGGUGACCUACAGCGCUACCAUCAGCGCCUGCGAGAAGAGCCGCGCCUGGCAGGUGGCCUUGGCUCUGCUGAAAGAAGCUGUCCACAAAUCCUCGGCAGAUGUGUACACAUUUAGCGCUGCCAUUAGCGCACUAGACAAAGCCGGGCUGUGGCAGGAGGCUUUGGUGCUCUUGGAUCACAUGGAGCUAUGCCAAGUGCAACCGAAUUUGGUCACCUUCAACGCAGUGAUCUCUGCAUGUUAUCGAGGAAGGGAGUGGCAACAGGCGCUGGUUGUGCUGGGCCGACUGGACCUGGAGCGCCUGGCUCCGGAUCUCUUCACCUUCGGCGCCGCGGUGAGCGCCUGUGAGAGCUACAGCCGCUGGGAGGUGGCGAUAGCUUUGCUGGCGCAGCUUCAGAGUCAGAGGCUGCAAGCUGACGACCGGAUCACCUGCAACGCAGCCAUCAGCGCCUGCGAGAAGGCGAAGCAAUGGCCAGCCGCGCUGCAGCUCCUUCCGUCGAGCGACGCCGACGUGAUCUCCUACAGUGCCGUCAUCAGCGCUUGCGGACCUUUGCAGUGGGAGUUGGCCUUGCAGCUCUUUACGGAGUGCCGGAGAGAACAGUCCAAUUCGCUGAUGUGGUCCUCCACAACGCCUGCAUCUCUGCUUGUGAGAAGGCCACCCGUUGGUCCGAGGCCCUGGAGAUUCUUAGGAGAGCAUGCGGAGCCACCAGAUGAAUGCCACCUUGAUCACAUACACGGCCGCCAGUAG